GUCACCGAGGGCAAUUGUUCUUUUAUUUUUUCUUACUCUCCUUUUAUUGUUAUCUCGACUGUCUCCCGUGUAUAAAAGAAACCGCUUCUCAGCCAAAGUCAUGCCUUUGUCAGACGUAUUCAGUCUAAAGAAACAACUUAUUGUGUAUGGUGCACAUCACAACAACAAGGUCAAUGUGGCCAUUCACAUGGUCUUUGUCCCCAUUAUCUUUUGGACAGCAUUGGUAUUUGGAGCCAAGACGGGACCUUUGAUGAGUGGUGGCCCUCGAUGGCUUAAAGCAUUUGGCCCCAACCUCAGCUUCUUUACUGUGGUGGGAUACCAUGCGUACUAUACAAUUUUGGAUCCUGUGGCCUCCACGUUGGCCGCCCCUCUCCUUUAUGGCAUGUGCUACACUGCCACCAACUUUGAAAAGACCAACGCAAACGCUAUUUCGAUUGCGCUGACGGGCCAUGUCGCUUCGUGGAUCUUUCAAUUCAUUGGUCACGGUGUCCACGAGAAGCGUAGUCCCAAACUGAUGGAUAACCUUGUUCAGGCGCUUGUGUCUGCACCUUAUUUUGUCUUUUUCGAAAUGCUGUUCAAGUUCGGCUAUCGUCCUCAAUUGCAGCGCGAAGUCCAAGCAGAGGUGGACAAAGAUAUUGCCGAGUUCCGUGCAAAGAAGGCUAAAUAAAGGCACGCAGGACGUGUUGUAACGUAACCUCUGUAACGCGCAACUGUAUACUGGUUUUUGUUUACCCGAUCAAUUGACUGAAACAGAUAAAAAUAAUUAAAUAAACUCGCGGCUUUUUUUAUAUG